UGAGAAUUAGUGAAAACGAUUGUUACGGUUGAGCUGACACCAUAGAAAAUAAAAUAAACAAGUUGUAUAUUAUUGCCUGGGAAAUUUGUCCCAAAUAAUUAUUAAAAUAUGAAAGAAUGGUGCAUUCACCAUUUCCAAAGAAAGUGAAGUCAGAAGCGAAGAAGGCUGCAAAAAUUCUUCACAACUUUACAUUUCCAACAGCAUCAACAGGUCCUGACAAAUUAAUCCCAGCUGGCUUGUUCCUGUCAUGUCGUGGGAUAGCCAUCUUAACUGUGUUCAAAGCUGGUUUUCUUGUGACUGCAAGAGGAGGAAGUGGAAUUGUCAUAGCUAAGCUAAAAGGUGGAGAAUGGUCUGCACCAUCUGCCAUUGGGUUAGCUGGACUUGGUGGAGGGUUUGAAAUAGGAGCAGAGGUGACAGACUUUGUGAUCCUUCUCAAUAAACAGAGUGCAGUGGAUGCAUUCGCAAAAGGGGGAAACCUUACCCUUGGUGGGAAUGUGACAGUAGCCGUUGGCCCACUUGGCCGCAACCUAGAGGGUGAUGUUUCACUUCGUAGCCCUGCUGCUAUCUACACAUACAGUCAAACCAAAGGGUUAUUUGCUGGCAUUUCUUUAGAAGGAGCUGCUUUGAUUGAAAGAAAGGAUGCAAAUAGAAAGUUCUAUGGCACUGAAAUCCGGGCGCAUGAGAUCCUCAGCGGGUCUGUUGAACCUCCUGAUGAAUGCCAACCACUUUAUGAGGCUCUUCAACAGCAUGUCAAGUCGGGGCUAGAUGCUUUGGGGCAGAUGGCCAAAAAGGAAGCACAUAAGAAAGGCAAAGAGGCUAUGGGGAUGGCUAGGCUCAGUUUGAUGGGCAGUACUAGGAAAGAGAAAGGUUCUGUUGAAACACCCAGUCAGUCAAGUAGUGAAAGCAGAAGACCCUCACUUCAGAGUUGGCAUGCCAAUGCUUCUCCCUGUCCUGCCUCACAGCCGAGAAAAUGGUCUUUCCAGUCCAAGAGCGCCAGUUCGAGUCCAACUAGUUCUCCGAUAAUUAUGUCAGAGCCACCCUCAUCUGGAGUAAGUUCCAAGAGUGGUUUUAGGAGCAGUUUAAGAAGCAGUUUCAAAAGGACUCCUCAAGCACAACAGGCACAAGUGUCAAUGCAUAACAGAGACUCAUUUGCCAAGAAAACAAGUAGUACUUCUGAUUUAACAACACCCGACAAAUGGAAUAAGCCAUUGGUUUGUAUUGCUGAGCGGUCGUUCACAGCUAUUCUACCAUGUGACCUCACGUUUGUUACAAAUGAUCGUAUUAUCAUUCUAACGCGGACUGAUACUCAAUUUGAUUGGUGGGAAGGUGAGGUUCACGGCCGUGUAGGAAUAUUCCCAGCCAACUUUGUUAGAGUGAUUGAGUGAGCAUGCUAAAUAUUUUAUUGAUAUUAAUGAAAAUGUGAUGAAUUGAAUAAUUGCAGUUUUUUUUUUAUUAGUAAUUAAAUAUAUUGUACUGCAAAAUCUAAAUCUACUAUAAAUUGUUAGAUUUAAGCAGAAAAGUAGAAGGAGAACAGGAUUUUCUUGCCAAUUAUCAAACUAUUACAUAGUAUCACAUUCCCAUAUCUUACUGGUAGCAAGUGCAAGGAUUUAAAUGAAUCAACAAACCAUCUAUAGGGUACUACAGUGUUACGUCACUAUACCAUGUGAUACUACUCUGGUGCUAUUGGCGACACAAAAUGCGUUCAACCGACGCCUUUUUCUCCACUGACAAACCAUUGAUCCCAAUUUCUAACGUAAUUAUUAAGAAGUUCUUUGUGAUGGUUAAAAGUGUGUUCAAUAACUAAUUUAAUGCUAGCCUUUUGUGUUUUCAGUACAUUUUGAUGGUAGAUUAUUAGGUUUUAAAAUGCCUAUUCCAGAAAGCCUAUUCUAAACCAUUAAGAUUAUGAAGUCAUUCAGGCAUAAUGAACGGUAACUAAUGUUGCCACCUGGUGUUGUGACGACACGACCGUUGGAAUUUAUGGGGUAUGUAUAUAGGGCUAACUGUUAGUUGAUAAAAAUUAGCUCUUUUUGGGUGUGUAUGUAUAUAUACUGUACAUAC